AGCAAUGAUGUCAGAAGUGACAUCUUGCUUAGUACUAUUAAUGUGAUCACUAAUUUGCCAAUCAGUGAUCACAUGUCAAUUGUAUACAAUGGAUGGCUUCCUGUCAUGCCAUCCAUUGUAUACAAUUAUGUUGUAAGCUGUGAUUGGUCAAGGCAGGGCCAGUCACAUGAUACAGACAGGGCCCAAUCACAGCCCAUCUGUAUCAUGUGAUCAGCUGUGCCCAAUCACAGCUAAUCACAACAAAAGACUGAAUAAAUCAGUUUCAUUCAGUAACAAUGACUGCAAAUAUCAAUGAAAUACAUUGGUAUUAGCAAUCACAAUGUGUUAAAAAA